GUGUUCUCGUCUUCGUUCAAUCCACUUUUUCCAUACCCAAAAUUUUCCUGCCAUACAUGAUAAUUACAGAAUCCGACAAUUACCCAACUAUAUUCACAUCCGGUUCCAUCGAAACCCUCACAAAGAGUUGUUGUCUUGGUCUUUCUAUGAACUGCUAAGGCUUAUCCUCUGUAGUCUGUACUAUAACAUCCUAAUCAAAUACCUAAUUUGAAAAAAGAUGAAGAAAUUCAGGUGGUCUGAAGAUCAACCAAAUGAAAUAGAGAGAGACACCAAGUCCCUGAGUAUAUAUUUAUACCUUACCGUCUGAGAUUAUACGAGAAUCAGAGCCAGAUUUCGUCCCGUAAGUUUUGUUAGGGACGCACUUUUGUCCAACCACGUGGCACUCCGAGGAUACCCUGGUCAGUAGGGCGUUAGUGGCCGUUGGAUUGGACGACAGAUUGAGCGUUAAAAGCCUGUUCGUUUGUCACACGGCAUCCUGCUCAUCUGCAAAUGUCGAACCAUGAAAAGAACAAACCCAGAGUGGUCUGUUGCAUAGGCGACAUCCAUGGCUACCUCACCAAGCUUCAAAACCUCUGGUUCAAUCUCGAAUCCUGCAUCGACCCACUUGAAUUUAGCUCCGCCUUGAUCAUCUUCCUCGGCGAUUACUGCGAUCGAGGCCCCGAUAGUCGCGGAGUGAUCGAUUUUUUACUGAACCUACCCUCGAAAUACCCAAAUCAGGAUCACGUUUUCCUGUCUGGAAACCACGACUUUGCUUUCGCCGCGUUCAUCGGUGUCUUGCCGCCACCGCCCGAUGGGUCGGCGUUUAAGGACACUUGGAAGGAGUAUGAGGCGAAUGAGGAGAGGGAAGGGUGGUUUAAGGGUGACGGGUAUGAGAAUAUGCAUUUGCAAGGGAGGAGGUGGGGUGGUCAUAUAACGGUUAGGUUUAAUGCUGCAAAGGGUACGGAGUAUAAGGGGUCCAUUUACGAUGCUGGUCCCACCUUUGAGUCCUAUGGUGUUCCUCAUGGAUCUUCUGAAUUGGCUAAAGCAGUUCCCAACGAACACAGGAAGUUUCUGACCGAUAUGGUUUGGAUCCAUGAGGAGGAUGAUGUCUGUGUUGAAACCGGGGAAGGAAUUACUCAUUGUAAAUUGAUAGCGGUUCAUGCUGGCUUAGAGAGAGGGAAGAAUGUCGAAGAACAGCUGAAAAUUUUGAGGUCUAAGGACACUCGGGUGCCCAAAGUGGACGCUCUCAGUGGAAGGAAGAAUGUAUGGGAUAUCCCUAAGGAACUAACCGAGAAUCCAACAGUUGUGGUGAGUGGUCAUCAUGGAAAACUUCACAUUGAAGACCUUAGGCUAAUCAUUGAUGAAGGUGGUGGGCUAGAGAGCAAUCCAGUUGCUGCAAUUGUGCUUCCCUCAAUGAAAAUCGUCCGCGAUAUUGAUCAUUUGGCAAAAUAACCUCAAGCUUGUGGAUGUGGUAGAUUUUCAUAAUCCGUUACCUACUUACCUUCUUCAUGUCAUUUCGCGGGGCUGGCAGUCAUGUAUUAGUUGAAAUGCUUUUUGGAUGCGUUCAUGCAUAUUCUUAUGACCUCGUUAGUUUUGUCUUGGUUUAUGUCAUAUGUUAGUUUUGUCUUGGUUUAUGUCUUGGACUGGAAAAAUGUAGAUCUUUUUGCACUUUUUGUGCUUGUUCUGUAAUAUAGUCCAUAAUUUCUGUUCUCA